AUGUAUAAGACCCCAUCUUGCAUGAAACACAUGUAUCAAGUGUACUGGUUGAAAACUCCUAGUUUUGUCCUCUUUCAACAGCUUUUCAUCCUAGACCUCAACCGUAUUGUUCAAGGAUGGCUGGUCAGCAAAUGAAAAACGUCGCCGGGCUCCUUUUGGUCCUCAAUUUAUGCAUGUAUAUCAUAAUUCUGGGCAUCGGCAGUUGGGCUAUGAAUAGAGCAAUUGAUCAUGGCUUCAUCAUUGGUCCUGGAUUCGAUCUUCCGGCGCAUUUUUCCCCCAUAUAUUUCCCAAUGGGAAAUGCUGCCACCGGAUUCUUCGUCAUGUUUGCUUUGCUAGCUGGAGUUGUUGGUGCCGCAUCAGCAUUAUCUGGAUUAAACCAUCUUCGUAGUUGGAAUGCUGAAAGCUUGCCAUCUGCUGCAACAGCAGCUCUUAUUGCUUGGACUCUUACUGUCCUUGCCAUGGGGUUUGCCUGCAAAGAGAUUGAGCUCCGCAUCAGAAAUGCUCGUCUGAGAACGAUGGAGUCAUUCCUAAUCAUCCUUUCAGCGACACAACUUCUAUACAUUGCUGCCAUUCAUGGCGCAGCAUUAAUACGAAUUUGAAAAGUACAGAGAAAUGGGUUUUCUCGUGGCUUGUGUUCAUUUUCUUUUUCGUUCCCUUUUUUUACCACUUAACUGUGUAAUAACCUAGGCAAGGAAUUGGCAGGCUAUUGUGUGAUUGGUGUGAUUGGUGUGAUUAGCAGUUGUUGUGAUUUGUAUGGAAAAACAGUAAGAAAUGGUUUGGAAAAAAAUGCUAUAUUUCUGUA